UUGGUGCUGCAUUGGUUGGCGGAGCCUGGAGAGGACAAAGGCUUGGUGUUGUGCAUGUAACAGGUGCAACCUUGGGGCUGAUGGCUGUUGUCUGUGUUGUAUGGGCUGAUGUGGAAGGUGCUCCUACUGAUGGUAAAAAUCAGUUAGUAGGAGAUAUGCUUUGCCUUGGAGGAUCAUUAUUGUAUGCAUUGAUGACAGUUUUGCAAGAAAUUAUGCUCAAAACCCAAACAUGCUCAGAAUAUUUGGCCAUUCUUGGUCUUAUCGGGGGAACACAUUCAUGCUUACAGACAUUCUUUCUAGAUUUUAAUGAAUUGGUAACAUUCUACUGGUAUGAAGUGGAUACAAUAUUUCAACUGGGGAGCUACUGUUGCAUUCAGACUCUGUUUCAAAUACUGCAAAGUUUCAUGUUGAGAGAUGCAGGGGCCAUAAUGCUGCACUUGUCAUUUUUAUCAGCUGAUUAUUUUACGCUGAUUGCAGGAAUGUUCAUAUUUCAAUUUAAGUUCCACUCAUUAUAUUUCUUAUCAUACUUAUUGGCUAUGCUGGGAGUAUUCCUCUUCAGCUCCCGCACGACGCGUCUUCCGCCGCCCCCCGCUCUUUUACCGCAACUAGUCAACGAUUCUGUUCAGUCGCAGGAUAAUGUAUCCAUGGAGUAUACUGUACCAACACUUGACUGUAUACCACUUUCUGAAGGACUCGAACCCCCCAUGAGCCGGGACACAACAUUCACUUCCUUCCUUGGAGGCAAUCAGAGCAAUAUGCCGAAUGGUACAUUUACACAAAAUAAGGAUUAGUUCGCCUAAUUAUUCUAAAUUAUAUAUUUAAGUAUCUUUAUAUUUUUUCAGCCAGUUUGAAGCAUCUUGCUAUUGAUGUUAGCAAUAUAUUUUAUUUUAAAGAUAUAUGAAAAAUAGUGCACUUUGAAUGACAAAACAAAAAUAUAAUAAUUUUAAAGGAAUGUUGAGGAAUUGAAACAGAAUUGCUAUAUUAAAUUUAUCAGAUUUUAUGUCUCCAAGUUAUUUUUGUCAAGAUGAUUUUUAAUAAAUUUUAAAUACUUCAUAGAUUUAGGCCUAGUUAUGCGUUAGAUGAAUAUAGCAGAAUAUACUCAGUAUUUACCUUCUAGUCAAUAUAUUUAUAGCUUGGAAACUCAAAUAGAUUAAGUAGUGACGCUGUUGUUCUGAUGAUGAUCUCGAUUUGUUUUUAAUGACCCAACUUAUUUGUGGUUCAUUUGGGACCUUUAAACCUAAUCGCAUCCAAAGAUUUCGCUUUAUCUGUUGUAUCUUUCAAUUAUUACAUAAUAGUAGUUUUGUUUAUAGUUUUAAUGUAAAAAAUAAUAAAAAUUAGGUUCUAAUGAGCACCCAGGCCAGUAUUUUUGUAAUAAUAAAUAAGAUUAUUUUUCCUAAAUACUCAUCUAAUAUAUUUGACAUGUCUUAGUGCACAGAUAAUAAUUAACAACCAUCAAACUAAAACUCUGUACUUUAUUUUCUGUACUCAUUUAUACUAAAUAUUCAUCAGAACAGCAGUUUUGACCAGCCCUUACCCCUUAAGAUUUUUAACGUUAACUGCCAUAAUCGAAUUUUACUCAAAUAUAUGAAAUUUUAUUACGUAGAUUAGAUAUAAGCUAAUUGGUGAGAGAGAAAAUAGAUUAAAUGUAAUGUGUGGAAUUAGAAUAUUUAGAUAUCUCUAAAAUUAUGUAGUUUCAAAAAUCUAAUUAUUGGUUAUUUUCACACAACAAAAAGAAAGUCAUUAUUUUUAAAUUUAUAUGAAUAAUCGCGUUCGAAUCCAGUGUAAUUGUUCUUAAUAUAUCUGCAAAUAAAUUCCUUACUUAAUGCACCUAUUUUUCACAGACAAAGAUAAUUAUUAACACUGAUUUAUGUUCCUAAUAUAUUUAAAUGUUGUCAUAUUAAAAUUUUAUUGCGAAGCAUACUCAGUUAUUGCUAUUGUUAAUAUUUUAAUUAUAAAAUGUUUAUAACAUUCGGUUAAAAGCCGACAUUGUAAAAAUCUGAGACUUUACCACAGUUAGCAUGAUUGUAUUAUUUUAAAUUGUGGUCUGUAUUUUCUAUACACAACUUCAAGUGUUUUCAAAGUAUACUGAAUCUUUUUAAACGAUAAGAAUUGAAACUAAGGCAUACACACAUACAGUGUUUCUUUUGUUUGUGUGUCUAUAUUGACAUCACAAUCUUACGUUUUGUCUGGUUCUCAUCCAUCUCAUUAAGGUUUUUAAAAUUUAGGCUUAAGAGGUCUAUUAGUAAGGCGUUCACCACCUUGCAAUAUUGGGUUUAACUAUAAAAUCUGCAUUUGAGGGUUUUCCUACGGAAUUAUUCACAUUGCAAUAAUAAAGGGAAGAAAUGUAUUUCCGUAA